AUGGCGCGACUUGCUAGUGCCCUUUUUACUCUCUCGGUUCUCGCCGUGUUCGGCUCAGCCAAGCCACCCACCACAAAAUCCGCCCUUGAUCUCACCACCGAGAUCUAUGGCCCCCUGCGUUCCUGGAAACCAAUCAAGGCUAUCGACAUUGACCCAAAAAUGACUAUCGACGGCAAACCAGUCAACGACAGCUUCAUCAUCGGCUACCAGCCCCCGCAGCUGAGCGCUGACGAGCAGGAGAAGAAGUUCGCCCAGCUCCGCAACCUGGUCGCCAACAACUCCGAGUCCACGCUGGCCAAGCGCGAGCGUUCCUGGUGCGGCGUCUCGGCCGACCAUACCCUGGUCGCGAAAGCGCAGUUGCAGCCUUCCAUAACCUACUUCUGCUACACCUCGCCUGCGACGGGCUGGUGGUACUGGUGGCCGAGGAGCUCCGAUAACUCGUGGCAGCCCUUCACGACCAAGGACGGACUGCAGCGGCCGGUAUGGUUUGGCGGAUCCGUUAGGGCGGGCUACAGCUUCAGUGGCUACAACUGCUGGUCCGCCUUCAGCGAGAUUUUUAUUCUACCGCAUUCGUUGCUCUGUUUCAAGGGAUACCAGUGUGAGGACUUGCGCUGCAAUGCUGCUACUAUUGUCAUGGACAUAUGGGCCGCCUGUCUCGUCUCUAUAUCACAACAGAUACUUGCAAUUACAAACCAUCCAGUGCUACCGCCUGGAAUCGUAAUCGGCGAUUGGGCCAUUGAUGUCGAUCCAAAAAUGAUGGUCGAUGGCAAGCCAGUCCACGACAGCUUCAUCGUCGGCCACCAGGUCCCGCAGCUGAGCAAUGAAAGGGACAAGAGGAUGAAGUAUUCCGAGCUCUUCGAGCUCGUCGCCCAGCUAAACAGCUCUGGCGUUCCACCGCGGCCGCCGCCCGCGCUAGCAAAGCGCGGCGGCAUCUACCCCCGAUGCGGUGUGGGCGCCGACGACGCCAUGGUCCCAGUCGAGCAGCUGCGGGUGGCCGUCCAUGCCCUUGCUAUAACAUGGCUCCGCCGGUCGAUGGGGUCUAGGGCAUGA